AUGCGAGGCUCGGGAUCGCUGAAAGUCAAGUCUGAGCCACCUUCGGAACCCUCAUCACCCGGGGGUACCAUCGACAACUCGAGUCUGAAGCCGCCGUCCUCGCCUCCUUACCCACCACUGGGGACCAGCGUCGCUGGCAUGCCCAUACCAGCGUCUAGUGAGGAUAAAGGAAUGGGCUCUUCGUCAUACGGUGGCCUCGACCACAUGCCCCAAUGGAUGGCAGGUAGCAGCAGUAGCAGCACAGCCGAUAACAUGAGCUGGUCUAACCCGUGGCAGCCUCGGCCACCCAACUCUCCGCUGCCAGCAGACAGCAACGCUACCGACCCAGGGGUACCGCCUCCACCGAUGGGAUGGGAGCAGCCCGGGUCAGCAGCUUCGGACGCUCCCCGCGACCUCUCGUGGGGUCAGAUGCCUAUAUCGGCGGACGGCCGGUCCUUCUCCUACAGCGCCGAAUCCAUCCGGAGCAGUAGCCAGGAUCCGGCGCAGUACGUCCCCGUAGGCCAUCAGGGACGACAGACGAGUGGGUCUUCCGGGCCUUUCUCCAUCGGGCAGCCGGCGCCGGAGGGAUACCAUGCCCUGCCUCACAUGUCUAUGGCGCCGCCCACGGAUCCGAUCAUGUCGCCUGUCGGCGGUGGUGUGGUAGCCGCCGGAGGGGUAUCGUCCCAGGCACAGCAUAUGCAGUGGAUGCACCAGCAGGCUUACAUGAGAUCUCAGGGGGCGUACGGUGGAGGUUCUUGGGCGCCUGGGCAGCCACGACCGGAAUGA